AGCUCGCUCAGCGACUCUGCUACCUGUCCAAGCAGUUUUGCAGCCCUGUUCUCUCAUCUCAGGCAGCGGAUUUCUGCGCAGAAACACACUCGCUUUGGCGGUAAGAAUGCUUAAUCCCGGCCAAUACCUUUGGCUGUAUUGAGGGACGGGCGGUAGAAGUGCUGGCUCCCUUCCGAGAAUCCUCUGGGGUUGUGGUCAGGGCAAUUCCGGGCAGACCACGUCAAGAACGGGGGUCCAUGGCGUCUGUUGUGCCGCCCAAUUUCUCCUGGGUAGCGCCAGGCCGGCUGGCGGGUCUGGCCAUGCCACGCUUGCCUGCGCACUACCAGUACAUGCACGAGCAGGGGAUCCGGCACCUGGUGUCGCUCACAGAGCGCAGCCCGCCGUACCACGACACCUGCCCUGGCAUCCAGGUGCACCGCAUGCGCAUCGCCGACUUCUGCCCGCCCUCGCCCAAGCAGAUCCAGCACUUCUUGCAGAUCGUGGAUGAUGCCAACGCCAAGGGAGAGGCUGUGGCGGUGCAUUGCAUGCUGGGAUUUGGCCGCACUGGCACCAUGUUGGCUUGUUACCUUGCCAAGACCCAGAAGAUCACGGGUGUCGACGCCAUCCAUGAGAUCCGUAAGCUGCGCUCCGGCUCCAUCGAGACCCACGACCAGGAGAAGGCCGUCGUCCAGUUCCACCACCGUAUCAAAUAGCACAGGAAUGGAGGACCUUUGGCCGUUGCUAGAGGCGUUUGUCCUGAACGUAACCCCCGUUGCUGGGAGAGGACUCUCUAGCUGCCAAAAGUGGAGAAGUGUGGAGGGUGGCUUUUUUGGCUUUAAAGCAGCUGAGGGAACCUUUUGCCCUCUGGGUGUGGCUGAACAACCACUCCCACCUUCCCUAGCCAUUGACCGUGCUUGCUGGGGCUGACGGGAGUUGUAGAGCAGCCACAUCUGGAUGGUUGAAGGCUCCCCACGCUUGCUUUAAAGGGUUGCUUUGGGUUCUCUAGUGGGAGCUUCUGGGUGGGAAACAGUAGGGUUGCAAACGGCAGCUGAGGUUGACCAAGGAAGGGGGGAUUCCAGAUACUCUGGUAACAGCAUCCCGUUGCAAGGGUCGCUUUGUAGAACCUGGGGGAUCUGUCCACGGCAGCAAGGAGCGCAGUUUCCCUCCCACACUGGGAGAAAUAGUUUCCAUGGGUUUUACAAAGUGCGUCUGCACGGCUAAGGAGUGUUGGUGUUGGGGUGCGUCUGCGUCUUUUCUCUUGCACGCGAGCAGGUUCUUGUCUUGGCACAUCGUGUCACUUAGCCGCUCGGGAAUAAAAGACAUCAAAGGUGGCAACUGCCAACA